UUUGGGGGUUUUGUUGCCUUUUGACUGAUUUAUGUAGUGCAAAAUCUGAGAAUAGCAAAGCUUACCUUGAUUCAAGGCACAAUUAAAUAAUUAAUAUUAAUAAAUUUAUAUUAAUUAUGGACUUUUAAUGCAGCUAAGUAUAAUGUUUAUUUGAUUCAGCAGGGAGUGAGAGAUUUUUAUGAGGAUUUUUCAGAAUAGAGCGUGAGAAAGACAGAGAGAGAGACAGAGAGAGAGAGAGAGAGAGAGAGAGAGCACUUCUCAUCGAUUGGUCUCUGCCCUGCCUAGUCCUUAGAGAGAUAAACUGAAGUAGCAAGAGAAGAGCAUAUAACGACAGAUGACUUUCUCAGGAUAUCUUUGGUUGGUUUACCUGACCUGCCCCGUGCUUGUGUUUAUUUCUCCGGUUCAUUUGGCUCCGAUGCCGGACCAGUACUCUCGGGGUGUGGACUGGUUGAGCAGGUAUGGAUACCUCCCCCCUCCGGACCCCCGCACAGGAAUGCUGCAGACUAAAGAAGGCAUUGAGAGAGCUAUCAAAGAAAUGCAGCGUUUUGCUGGCCUCAAAGACACAGGCAAACUUGACAAAGACACCGUGAAACUGAUGAACACACCACGGUGUUCACUGCCAGACAUUAUAGGGUCUAAGGACAUGCUGAAAAAGCGGAGGAGGAAAAGAAGAUACGCAACUACUGGGCUUCGCUGGACAAAGUCUGAACUCACAUGGAGCAUCCAAAAUUACCCAUCUCUCCCUCCGCCCCUCCAACCCAGUCAAGUAAACACCAUAAUAGCCUAUGCCCUCAAAGCCUGGAGUGAUGUCACCAACCUCAAGUUUCAUGAUACAUCCCCAAGCGAGCGGGACAGAGCUGAUAUCAAGAUCUCCUUCGUUCGCUCGCUCCAUGAUGACGGGUAUCCAUUUGAUGGGAGGGGAGGGACACUUGCUCAUGCCUUCUUCCCGGGGGAGGCUGAUGUUGCUGGAGAUACACAUUUUGAUGAUGAGGAGAGUUGGACCUAUUUAGAUGAGAGUGGCACUGAUUUGUUUGCGGUGGCUGUGCAUGAAUUUGGUCAUGCCCUGGGUCUCUCUCAUUCUUCCUCUUCUCCGUCCAUCAUGCGGCCGUACUACCAGGGUUCUGUUGGAGAUUUCUUAUCCUACACUCUUCCAGAAGAUGAUCGCUAUGCCAUUCAGUCGCUCUACGGAAGUAAGAUCAGCACAUCAACAUCAUCCCCAAAUUAUCCUACACCACACUUACCUAAACCACCAACUGCACCUCGACCCAAAGUACCAUCAAAACCUGAUCCAUCAGCCCAGAGUCGUUGUGAAGGAGGUUUUGAUGCGGUGGCAAACAUCAGAGGAGAUGUUUUCUUUUUUAAAGGUCCAUAUUUCUGGCGAAUCCAGCGAUCUGGUUCUCUUGUGUCCUUUCACCCUGCUCUCAUAAAAAACUUCUGGACUGGUCUUCCUCCGGGCACUAACAAGAUCGAUGCAGUUUAUGAAAGAAAAACAGAUAGCAGGAUCAUCUUCUUCAUAGGUUCACAGUACUGGGUAUUUAAAGACACCGCGGCGGUUUCUGGUUACCCACGUCCACUGUCAGACUGGGGGCUGGUGUCUCAUGACGGAAGUGAUGUGAAGAGGGUGGACGCUGCCUUUAUUUGGGCUCAUAAUGGAAAAACCUACAUCUUCAGUGGUGGAGAGUUCUGGAGGUUCUCUGAAGGAUCGGAGACUGAAAAGCGCAGUCCAGAGGCAGGAUAUCCCAGAAGCACCUCCCUCUGGAAGGGCGCGCCCAGUAACCCUGAUGACAUCAUCACCUGGGGAGACGGAGAUGCCUAUUUCUUCAAGAAUAACUCGUAUUGGAUUCUAAAGAGCGGAGGACUGGACCAAGACAACGUUAGUCACAAAUCAACCGCAGUCGAUUGGAUGAUGUGUCCAGAACCGACUCCGACCCCACUUCCUGCCAAUCCACGUCACAAAGGAGAAUGUAACUGUGACCUGAACGGAGCCUUACAGAUGAAUGCUUCAUCCUGGUUACUGUUCUUCAUAUUACUGCUUUAUCCAGGUGUCCUUAUAUAGGGAACCUUGCAAUAAUAAGACAAGAGUCAUCAGCCUUAUUUUUUACAAAUUGUCUUAAAGCACUUAGAGUGAUAUCUACUGUCCAAAUAUUACUUAAGAGCAGCUUUUGUUUCAUUUUUUGAUCUAUGCAAGUUUAAUGUAUAAAUGAAUUAUUUUUAAGCAUUUUUAGGAUAAAGUUUGAGGUUAAAAUGAAAUUAAUUUAAUUAUAUGAAUUUAUUAUUAUUUUUGCUGUCACCAUAUUGCAUUGUUCAGAAUAUUUAAUUGUAAUCCAUUUGACUUUGUGAGUAUAUGUACUCAGGACCUCAAAACCCGUCGCAAGACACAAAAAUACAUUGUGUGGGUCAAAAUAAUCAAUUUUUCUUUUUUGUCAAAGUCAUUAGGAUAUUAAGUAAAGAUCAUGUUCCAUGAAGAUAUUUUGUAAAUUUUCUACCGUAAAUAUAUCAAAACUUAAUUUUUGAUUAGUAAUAUGCUAAGAACUUCAUUUGGACAACUUUAAAGGUGAUUUUCUCAGAUUUAGAUUUUUUGCACCCUCAGAUACCAGAUUUGUCAGAUUCCAGAUAUUGUAUUCUAACGAACCAUAUAUCAAUAGAAAGAUUAUUUAUUUUAAAAAAAUUGCCCCUUAUGACUGGUUUUGUGGUCCAGGUCACAUUUCUUCUGUGGCUACAGGAAAGAAUUAUCUAAAUUACAAAAGUUUAUCUACAGUAAAUUAAUAUAUGUCAUAAAGGCAGCAUGAGAUGUGCUGUAUUCUGUAUGUAGUCCAUAUGAUCUCUAUCUGCGAUGACAAGUAGGAUCCACAUGGGGGCAUUAACACACCGCAGGGCAGAGGUUUAAUACUUCUGCGGAUAAGUUCACAAGGCCUGGAACUAAUUUUGCUGGAACAUUUUUAUAAAGAUUUGAUUUUUUUUUUUCUUCUGGGUCUAAAAUGUCUUAAAUUCAUGCAAAUGCAAUUCAAACCAGUGAUGCAAUCCUCCUGAUAUCAUAAUGAAGAGAAAGUCACAUUAAAAGAACAAAACUAUUAAAAUAAAGGUAUUAUUGUAGUACUGUUUCUUUGAAAAACAAAAACAGAUUAUACUUCUUUGCAAAACUUGUAUUCUGCAGUUCAAAACCAUUUGACUCAACCAACCUGCAGAAACAAUGGAGUCAACGGAGUUUGUUUUUGUCACGACCCAUAUGUUCAUCUGUUAUCUGACAGAACAGCUCAUCUUAAUUUUGUUUUUAGCAAACACUGCACAGUGUUCCAUAUUUGCCAGCCCUGUCCAGAUUUAAUCACUGCUAAUGACCCAAAUGUUCCAA